CUCACUCACUCUGUUCCGAUCGCCUGGCACGGCGGGGCAGGGUCUCAGGCUAGUCGUGGCGUCCCCGUCUCGGAGGCUGCAGACCGAACCGGUCAUCACUUGUUUCAAGAGCGUCCUCUUGAUCGACACAGUCAUCUCCUGGAUCACUGGUGUUACCCUUCUUGCUGUUGGCAUUUGGGGCAAGGUGAGCCUAGAGAGUUAUUUCUCCCUUUUAAAUGAAAAGGCCACCAAUGUCCCCUUCGUGCUCAUUGGCACUGGCACUGUCAUUAUUCUUUUGGGCACCUUCGGCUGUUUUGCUACCUGCUGAGCGUCUGCACGGAUGCUAAAACUGUAUGCAAUGUUUCUGACUCUCAUUUUUUUGGUUGAACUGGUCGCUGCCGUCGUAGGAUUUGUUUUCGGACAUGAGAUUAAGAACAGCUUUAAGAAUAAUUAUGAGAAAGCUUUAAAGCAAUAUAAUGCUACGGGAGAUUAUAGAAGCGAUGCAGUAGACAAGAUCCAAAAUACGUUGCAUUGUUGUGGUGUCACCGACUAUAGAGAUUGGAAGGUUACUAAUUAUUACUCAGAAAAAGGAUUUCCCAAGAGCUGCUGUAAACUUGAAGGUUGUUCUCCUCAGAGAGAUGCAGAUAAAGUAAACCAUGAAGGUUGUUUUAUAAAGGUGAUGACCAUGAUAGAGUCAGAAAUGGGAGUUGUUGCGGGAAUUUCUUCUGGAGUCGCUUGCUUCCAGCUGAUUGGAAUCUUUCUAGCCCACUGCCUCUCACGCGCCAUAACAAAUAACCAGUAUGAGAUAGUGUAGCCAGCAUAAUACGGGCCUAUUCCUCUCCAACUUUAAGGAUAGUAACAUCCCCACCCCCAACCCUGUGAAGUACAAGAUCGCCUGGAUGGAAGACCGACAUUUCUUACAGAUAGAUUGAAAAACUAUACCAGUAGUCUGAUUCGAUCAAGACAUUUGCUUGAUAUGUUCGAAGUCCACCUUUUGUCCCAUUCAUGUUAGAUAGUUGAAAUCCCCAUGUCACUCUGAA